AUGUCUAUGAGCACCACUGAAGAACAAGUGUCAGUGAUACUGGAGCCUGAGGGGCUUUAUGAGGACACGACCAUCGAGACUUCCAUUCUGGCAUCAUCGUUGUCCAAACGGGCAUUCGAAGUUCAUCAGUAUCGUCUCGGUGAGGAGAAACCAUACACGGACAUCCCAGAGACGCUUCGUUCUCGCGUGCAUGGUCUGUUUGUCUUUAGACACUGGGUUACCGAAGAAGAUCUGUUGCUCUUCCCUAAUCUACGAUCUGCAACUGUCCAGGUGUGUAUUUCAGAAGAUCAACACUCAAGUACUGAUGGAAUGGAUUCCCGGCGAAUAGAUUAUGGAACGACCGAAGUGGCAGACCACGCCAUCACGUUAUCUCUUGCUCUCCGUCGGGGCGUCCUUUUACAUCACGACCUUCAACGAAACUUCAUAUCCAAAAAGCAUGCUGACUGGACUCACUAUCCAACUCCGCUGCUCCAGCGGCCGUCCGCCCAGAGAACGUUUGGUGUCCUAGGACUGGGUCGCAUCGGUACAGCUGUGGCAUUGCGGGCAAAAGCACUGGGCUGGUCGACUGUCCUCUUCUUCGAUCCUUAUACUGCGAAUGGGAUGGAGCGGGCUUUGGGUCUUCAGAGGGCGAGAACCAUAGAAGAGCUCUUUGAGCGCAGCGAUACGUUGAGUCUGCACGUCCCCCUAACUAAGGAGACAAGGGGCAUAGUGGGGAGUGUGCUAGUCGGAAGGAUGAAGGAAGGGAGC